CAUUUAUUAAAGAGGAGACUGAAGACAUAAAGAUGGUGUUUAUUAAAGAGGAGACUGAAGACAUAAAGAUGGUGUUUAUUAAAGAGGAGACUGAAGACAUAAAGAUGGUGUUUAUUAAAGAGGAGAGUGAAGACAUAAAGAUUGAAGAAACAUUCAGAGUGAAACAUGAAGAUACUGAGGAACAAACAGACCUGAUGGCACUGAAAGAGAUGAGUCAUGAACUUAAUGAAAGGGAAGAAGAGAAAAAACUUUACGAUAAACAUCAUGAUUUCAUGACUGGAGAAAGAUCGACACAGGCUUCCUCACAGAAAAGAGCUCAAAAGACAGGAACUAAAAGUUAUUUCACUUGCCAACAGUGUGGAAAGAGUUUCACACAUAAAGAACACCUUAAAGUCCACAUGAGAAUUCAUACUGGAGAGAAUCCUUUCACCUGCCAACAAUGUGGACAGAGUUUCAGACAUAAAAGAAGCCUUACAGUUCACAUCAGAAUUCACACUGGAGAGAAACCUUUCACCUGCCAGCAAUGUGGACAGAGUUUCAGUCAAAAAGGAAACCUUAAAGUCCACAUGAGAAUUCACACUCGAGAUAAGGCUUACACCUGCCAACAGUGUGGAAAGAAUUUCACUCUUAAAGGAAGCCUUAAAGACCACAUGAGAAUUCACACUGGAGAAAAGCAGUAUACCUGCCAAGAGUGUGGAAAGAGUUUCACACAUAAAGGAAACCUUACAGUCCACAUGAGAAUUCACACUGGAGAAAAGCUGUAUACCUGCCAAGAGUGUGGAAAGAGUUUCAGUCAUAAAGGAAGCCUUAUAGCCCACAUGAGAAUUCACACUGGAGAGAGCCCAUUCACCUGCCAACAGUGUGGAAAGAAUUUCAGUAAAAAAGGAAAACUUGAAAUCCACAUGAGAAUUCACACUGGAGAAAAGCCUUACACCUGCCAAGAGUGUGGACAGAGUUUCACUGAGAAAGGAAACCUUAAAGUCCACAUGAGAAUUCACACUGGAGAAAAGCCUUAUACCUGUCAACAGUGUGGAAAGAGUUUCAGUCGAAAAGAAAGCCUUAAAGACCAUAUGACAACUCACACUGGAGAAAAGCCUUACACCUGCACUCUGUGCGGGAAUGGCUUCACACGGGAACUGAGCCUUAGGGAACACAUCAAUAUUCACACUUGAGAGAAGCCUUUUACAUGUGGUCAGUGUGGAAAGAGUUUCAGAUUUAAAGGUCACUUUAAGUGCCACAUGAGGAUUCACUCAAAAGAGAACUGUUUUAGAAGUCGUCGCUGGAAAGAGCAGAGGUGUAAAGAGUACCUGAAAACCAUGCUUGAGUAAAGUACAGAUACCUUACAGCAAAAAUGACUCCAUUACAAGUUACAACUUGAGUAAAAGUCUUGGAGUAUCUGAUUUUAACAGUACUUAAGUUUUUACUCAUGCCCGAAUUUAGGCUUUAAGAUGCACUAGUCCUCGACACUAGUUCAGAAAUGCCAGUGAAAAUAAGAAACAAUUUAUUUGAUUGAUGGAAAUCAUGUUUAUUUUCUAAAAUCAAAAUAAAAUUAAACAACCUAAUACUGCAAUAAAUCAAGGUAGACACAACAGCCUCUUAAAUGUUAAAAGUGUAAAACUCUUGCAGUUCACAAAGCAUAUGCUACGUCCUAUGCCUUCUCUGUUCAACUUAAGGAAAUUGACGCGACGCCAGUUUACACUUUCUUCGUAACUUGAAUACAGAAGGUGGUCUGGCGGAAGCUCGAUAUUUGACUUUAUAACUUGUUUAAAUAUGGAUUUUUUUUAUUUUUAUUUUUACUCCAACACGUCGCUUCACUUCAGAAGGCUUUCAUUAACCCCCUGGAGCCGUGUGGAGUAUGUUAAUGAUGGAUGGAUGUGGAUGGAAGCUUUUUCUUCAGCUCAUAAUCAUUGACCCCGUUCACUGCCAUCAUAAAGCUCAGAUGCAUCAGGAUACUUAUUAAUAUUUCUUUGAUUAUGUUCAUCAGAAAGAAGAAAGUCAUAUACACCUAGGAUGGCUUGAGGGUAAGUAAAGCUUGGGCUAAUUUUCAUUUGAAAGUGAACUAAUCCUUUAAGUGUUGUGAACUAAGGACUACAAUGAUCCCAACUACAAUGAUCAACCCAAAAUGGCCGCCCUCAACCUCUGAAUCAGCCAAUAGUGAGCCUGCAAGGGUGAAGUCACAGCAGCAUGACACCAGUUAUUUAUAUGUUAAAUAAAAUCAUUAAUGAAUUUAUUUUUUAAAAAUUGCUUUGCGUUGUGCAAAAUUCUCACAAAUUAGUAUUUAUGCUGUGGAAUCCUUUUCUCUGUCUCCUUAUUUACAGUUGGAUUGAUGAUGUGAACAUGAGUUUCAUCAAUGGCUCCAACAACUCCAGGAAAGCCCGAAAUCCUCAUAAAGACGGCUUCCUUUUGCCACAUGUUUUUGACAGUCAGUUUGAAAGAUAAUGAACUGCCAAACAGUAGUGGCCAAAAAUGAUGUUUGGCUUAGGAAAAUUUACAUAUUCACCCUUCAUUCAAAUAUUAUUAAAAAUGUCUUAAAGA